AUGCUUUUCCUCCCCUUCCCGGAACCUUUGACUGCAGCCCGACUGCUGCAGCGACGAGACCGCUUUCUGGCAGAUGUUGUUUUGGACUCCGGAGAAGAGGAUGUUGCUUAUUGCGUGAAUCCAGGGCGUAUGGAAGCCUUCACUGGUCAGGGUGCGCGAAUCUGGCUAUCAAGGUCUGCAGGUUCGCAAAAUCGUCGCUUGAGAUGGACUUGGGAACUCAUUGAAGUGCCGGGGAAGACAGUGCUCUGCGGCACCAACACUCAGAGGCCCAAUAGCAUCGUGGGGGAGCUCCUGCGUCAACGGCUUCUGCCAGGUUUGGAUGAUUGGUUGGAAAUGAAGAGUGAAAAGCAGCUGAAGCAUCCGAGACUUGGUGGUUAG